GCGGUGAGGGCCCUUCAGCGCCCCCUGUUGGUCACCGCCGCUACUCCCGCCUGUUCUCUCAUUGCGGAGAGGUUACUGAGUCAGAGAAGAAGAUCCGUGGAGGUUUGAAACCGAGGGGAGCCGGUAGUAUGAGGACGUUUAGCUGAAAAGCCGCCUUUUAAAUUCGUAUUGAGUAGAGACGCGUCUACAGGAAGCUCUCUGACUGUACGAUGGGACACACUCAUGUGUUAUUGGCGCCGCUGUUUAUCGCCACGAAGGCGGCUUCAUGUUACCGCGACCUGCUUUCGAUUCCCCGCAGGCUGCAGUCAAGAUCGUCCAAGUUAAACGGUUAAAGGGUUAAAGAAGGUCUGCCAUCAUCUGACAGUCCAAACAUUUCCAUAUGGACAUGAGAGGCUUCAAAAGAUGGUGAUGGAGCUCCAGGAGUUGAGCUGGCUGUGUCUAGUGGGGCUCUUCCUGGCCUCCUUGCUUAUCGUGCUGGCCUGGCUCUUCCAGUACUCGCUGAGCCUCCUGCGACUGUGGAGAACCAGGAAGGCGGCCGAGCAGCAUCAGCAUCAACAGCAUCUCAUCCUCAAGCAUCAACAUCCGCAUCAUGGCUGGGCUGGGAGUGUGUGGGGCUUCCUGCUGAAGCUGUGUAUUGCUCGGGAUGGAGGAGCUGCAUCUGAAAUCGGGGUUAAAGGCUUGUUGACCUCACUCUUCUCCUUCAAGUCGUUUAGCGAGCAGUGUCACAGGAGCUGGGUCAAAGCUCUGAAUGAGCAAGCCUGCAGGAAUGGGAGCUCCAUCCAAAUCACAUUUGAUAGCAGUCUGCAGUUAACAGACGCUCCUGCGAUAGAGAGCGUCACCUGCACUGACCAAUCAGCACAAAGAAUGGUUUUACAUUGUAAAUGUCGGGUGGACACAGUGGCAUUUCCCGUGACGGUUACACGGCAGUCCCCCGCAGCCGUUGCCAUGGACACCUAUCAAAUUACGAUUGCACCUACAGCGGCAAAGGUGGUCGUAUGUCUGGAAGAGGUGGAAGACAAAGGGCUCCUGGUGUCCUGGACUCUUUCAAAACAACCACCAUUUAAACUGACUGCGUCGCCAUGCAAAUUGCACAGACAUGGCACAAAUGAGGAGGCAGACCUGGACGUGAUCAAGACCCUGAUAGAGGAUACUCUAUUCAGCUCUCAUCCCGUCAUGGUCCUCAACCUCAGGGCCUGUGCAACUAGUACUCCUGCCACUGUGGAGCAUCUAUCUGUAGGACUAAAGCCUGUACCCCAGAGUGUCUUGGUGCGCCGACUACUGCUUCGGCAGAUCAGAGCGACCUUAAGUAAAGGUCAGCGGUGUAGUUCAGUGGAGCUGUGCUGCGUCCUCAGCCUGAACCAACCCUCCACAGAAAGGACAACCUGCUUCUUGCCUGUCCCACACAACCCUAAGACCGCUCUGGAAUGGAGAGAAGAAAUGACCUUGGAGCUGAGCCCAGAAACCAAAGAGCUGAAAGUGAGACUUCUGGAGCGGAAUGGCAAAAGCGAGCAAUUCCUUCCAGGACACGCCUCCUUGGCCUUGGACCUCCAGUACAAAGUUCCUACCUCUGUCACACUGACAAUAAAGCCAAGCCCCUCCUUGGACCCUAUCGCCACCAUCAUAGCAGAAUUACAAUAUGUGGAAACUGAGGAACUUUGCUCACCACUGCGUUCCUCGCUCACCCCCACCAAAAAGGUUGAUGUGGACCGAACCAUCAUGCCGGACGGAACCAUUGUCACCACCGUGACCACUGUCCAGUCCCGACUCAAACUGGAGCGUAGCCCAGGUGAGUCCCCGUUGCGUUCCCCAUCCAAAGUGGAGGUGACUGAGAAGAAGCCCACCGUUAUGUCUGAUGGAAGAGAGACGCCGAGUCCUGAUCCCAGCAAGGGCAUCCACAUGUCUAAUGGCUUGGAUCCUGUUGCAGAAACAGCCAUUCGACAGCUGACUGAGUCCAACUCCAAAAUGGCUCGAAAGACCCCAACGAAAAGAAGCACGCUGAUCAUCUCGGGCGUGUCAAAGGUUCCACUCUCCAAAGACGAUUGCACGUUGUCAAGCGGCUAUGCCGCCGCAAUGGACGCCGCCAUGCAAAGCAACCAUUUCGGGGCAGGGCGCCACCAGGAGCCGGAUGAGACCACACCCUCGGAUGUGUCGGAGCGUCCAUCCGUGGACGAUGUCGAAUCGGACACUGGCUCCACUGGUGCUUUGGAAACACGCAGCCUCAAGGACCAUAAAGUGGGAUUUCUGCAGAGCGGAUCCAAGCUGCUGUUCCGCAGAAGACACAGGGAGAAGGAGCCCUGUCUCAGUCAAUCUCACGAAGACAUCUCCAAAAUGGGCAAUAACUUUGCAGUGGCUGCAGACAGCAGUCGAAAGAAGUCCGGCAGCUUCUCACGACGACUCAUCAAGCGCUUCUCCUUUCGCUCGUCGGGGAAAUGGAAAGGCAAAUCUACUAGCACCAAUGGAGGGGCAAGCUCAGCCAAUAACUGAUUAUCACUGUUGAUAUUUUACUGCCUCAGCACAUUUAGUCCAGGACACAGGUUGGACACCUCAGGUGGAUCAUUGUCACCUGUCCCUUUGGAUGGAGGACACCAUUGGAAAUACUUCAGGACUGGAAUAAUGCUUUAUCAAAUCACUGAAGCUGAAAUGAGAUGAAGACUGUUGGAGCAUAAUCUGUUGCUGGACAGAGACACGGCAACUGUUGCAAUGAAAUUCUGUGCUUGUUUUUAAUUGACAGACAAUGGAAUUCUGUGAAAUCAUUUAAUAAUCCCACUACAAUGGUAUUGGUGCACUUUUACAUUCUACACAACAUGUAGGAUGCAUGUAUGAAAGUAAUUACGAUUAUGUGUUUCUCAUAAAAAAAAGUGCUAUUUAUUUUAACCAUACCAAUGGUUUGUCUUAGUUGCGUUACACUGUAAAAUAGAGACAUUGCUGUGAUUUUACAUACAAAAAAGUUAAAUUAACGACAAAAUACAUGUUAAUCGAGUCAUAUUUUCCUCUUGUGAUGGCUUGUAGGUUUCUUUAAGAUGUUAUUUAAUGAUGUAGUUUUUAAAAUACCUAGGUAAUUGCUAUAUAGCCUAUUGUAUUUUUUGGAAAAAAGUCCAUGUUCAUAAAUGCAUAUACAGAGCAUAUAUAUAUAUAUAUAUAUAUAUAUAUAUAUAUAUAUAUAUAUAUAUAUAUAUAUAUGCAGUAUAUACAUGUAUAUACAGAAGACUUUUUGAGCCCUUCCAUGAAAGCACAACUGAGUCUUGAGAUGAUGCUUACAUAGACAUUUCUGUAUUGAAAUAAGGUAGUAUCAUCAUGUUGCAACUUUCAGAGAUGCCCCUGUGAUGUUUGAUAAAAAUGUAUGACUUGUUAUGAUGAGGUUGUACUCAGGGUUGUCUUCUGAAGGCAAACAGACACAGUAUGUUGAUACAUUUUAAUCACUUGGCAAGGUGAUUUCCGUUUUAUUUUGCAAAAACAUUCAAAUUAAAUAGCGAUUGACUGCAGCCAUGGUGAUAUUGAUUAAUAUGAAAUGUGCUUUAGGCAAUUCAAACUGCUAACUAAGUGGACAAAGCCAAGUUGUGUGGCAGGAAUGUGAACCUGGAAGUGGUGGGCAGGGUGAUUUCUGUUGUGAUUUUGAUAUGUUUAAUUUAUUGAAAAUAAAUUAUU